CUCCAGAUUCGAUAUUCUCGUCAAUGACUACAAUAGUUUAGACAGAAAUAUCAGUUAGUAUUAUUUACUAUUCCGAGCCCGUGACAUCAAAGGAUGAUCAAUCAAAACCGCCUAACUCUCAGACUCCAUAUUUAAUGCUUUUGGAAAGAAAACUGUACUGUAUUACGAGACUUGCCACGUGUGCCCCAAAGCGAGGAGUCCUACCGAUACGAUAAAUAUGCCAUCUCCUCGGCUUCUGGGCAUUCAUUGUGCCAUCUCGCGGAUUUUGAAAUUCAGUGGUGCGGGCGAGUAUAUCGAGCAGGUUCUUCGGGACUUGGGACAGGUCACGGUGGAAGCAGAUGGGUCAAUCAAUCUGGGGGAUAUAAUGAAGUUACGGUUCGAUGGCUGGGUAAACCAAUUAACUGUAUUCUGAUUCGGCGAGGUCCUUUAUUUUUGAUGGCUUCUUCCAACUGGCGAACAG